AUGACCAUUUAUCAAUCUAGCAAGGAACGCUCUCAACUGCAAGUGUCAGGAGGUCAGGCUGAGGAGUCUACCACUGAUGUCGAACUUGAAUCAUGUUCAUUUCCUCAGUGGGAGCACGAUCCCGAAAACCCGUGGAACUGGCCUACUUGGAAGAAAGUAGUCAUGGUUGUCAUGAUUUCAUCGCAAGCUCUUACCGCGUCCAUUACCACAUCAAUCAUCAGCCCCUCCCGGACUGAACUGAUGGACAAGUUCAGCAUCAGCAGCACUGAGGCAAUCUUACCAGUCACGCUGUACACAAUUGCCCUCGGUUUCGGCCCCAUCGUUGGGGGACCCCUUUCAGAGAUCGUCGGGCGUCUUCCGGUCUAUGCAGGUGCACUGAUUCUCGGAGCGCUAUUCACCCUGGGAGCAGGGCUUGCCAACCAAUUCAGUGCCUUGUGUGUGCUGCGGUUUCUUGUAGGUUUCUGCUGGGCACCCGUGCUAGCAGUUGCACCAGGCUCUCUUGCAGAAACCUUUGAGCCCAGGUCCGGUCAUUGGGGCGUUUGCUACUACAGGAAAGAACUGGCGGUGGACACAAUGGAGCCUGCUCUUCUUCGCCAUUUGGAGCCUCCUUUGGAAACCCCUCACCCAAGAGACGUUCCACCCAGCCAUCAAGGCACGGCUCGCCAAGAAAAGGGGGCAAGGAAUCCCUUAGAGGACCCUAGUUCUGGCCCGUCUGCGGAUUUUCGUUGUGUUACAUUCAUAUGUCUGUAUGUUGCUGUUGAGUUUGGCACUCUGUUCAGCUUCUUUGCCGGUGUGCCGUACACCUUUGCUACUGUUUAUGGCUUCUCCAUUGACGACGCCGGCCUUCUAUUUCUCACAAUAGUCAUUGGCUGCCUGCUGGGAUUGCUUACCAUUGUGUUGUGCGACUUUUUUCUCUAUCGCAAGCAGGCGCCACGAUAUGCCUCAAACAGAAUACUUCCCGAGUAUCGGCUAUAUCCAGCACUCUUUGGCAGCGUUGGACUUCCUGUCGGCCUCUUCUGGUUCGCGUGGUCAGCUCGACCGGAUGUUCACUGGCUAAGCCCGGCUGCUGCUAUUGUUCCAUUUGCCUGGGGCAACCUUGGCAUCUUCAUCUCGACUGUGCAAUACUUCUCAGACACAUAUCAAGGAAACAUCGUAGCUAGUGUUGCAAGAGCUAAUAGUCUUGCACGAUACGGUUUCGCUGGUGUCUUUCCACGUUUUACUCUUCAAGUGUAUCAAAAACUAGGAGUCCACUGGGCGGCGAGUCUGUUAGGAUUCUUGGCAUUAGAAUUGCUUCCAGUACCUUGGCCCAAGAUUCGAUCAAGGAGCAUGUAUCCGACCAUUGAGUAUGCCAAAGCCAUGGAUAUGUAG